AUGAAGAAAAGUGGGAAGGCUCUCGGCAAGGUAGGUACUUUUAAAGAAAUUGGGAAGGCUCUCGGCAAGGUAGUAAAUAUGGAUCUUAACGGAGCAAGAAUGAAGGUCUCUAUUAAUGCAGAUGAAUCUCUGCAAUUUGAAAGAAAAGUGGGAUUCCCAAACGGCGAUGUUGGGAUGAUUUCUCUGGUUUAUGAGGGCCUAUAUCGAUACUGCUUCAAAUGUAAAAGGGUGUCCCACAAAGAAAGCUCUUGCCCCCUCUUAACGGAAGAUCAAAAGAAGUUUUUUAAAUCAACUCGA